AUGCCCAGUUGGGCACAAAGGAUGCAUCGAAGGGCUGUUGUUUUGGGCAUUGUAAUGACUGCUUGUGGUCACCCUUGGAACGGGCCUUACCCCCACAGGCUUGAUAAAGUUAAAUUCGGAGUCGCUCUGUCAGAGGUUUUCAAGAAUGGCAUUCCCGCCCCUCUGUUGGUGCUCAUAUUGAAAUUGAAUAAAGAGGCACCGACGAGAAAGGAUGUCUUCAGGGCUCCGGGGCACCAGGCUUCGAUGAAGAAAUUAGUACAUUUUAUGUCAACGGGGAGGAUUACUAAUGUCGAUAACUAUUCUGUGUAUACAAUUGCAAGUGUUUUAAAGAAGUUUUUAAGAAAGAUUCCUGGAGGCGUUUUUGGAACUAAGGGGGAGGCUAGGAUGUUCGAGAUCAUCAAAAUGCAAGAUGAGGAUGAACAAUGUGAAGCAGUACAUAACCUCCUGGCUUCUCUACCUUCACAUACUCAACGUUUGUUGGUUCUUCUACUUGGCACCUUCCGGGUGAUUGCAACAAAUGCAGAACGGGCUGAUACCGGAAUGAGCAGUGAGGCUUUGGGGGUGUCUGUAGCACCCAGUUUCUUUCAUACUUGUGUUGCAGAUGGAAAAACUGCCAGAAUGCAAGAUGUAGAUAAAUAUAAGAUGGCGACUCGUGUUAUGAAACUUCUGAUAGAACAUUUCACAGCUGGUGCAUUAUUUGAACGAGAGAUGUAUUUAUAUUACGCUCGUGUUACCGGAAGAGUUCUGCGCGUUGGAGAUGAAUGGAUCUGCAGCUUCCGUGAUCCGCCACCACCGAAAAGUGCAACUGCACAACAACUUUAUGCUCGGCAAUUGUCAUUAGAAGCUGAACAAACUUGGCUUCAAUGUGAAUGUGCACGGUGGGGCAGAAAAUAUAACCUUGGAGGCGUGACAUCACAAGAAGAAUCUCAAUCGACACCUGCUUUGACUUCCGAUAUAUCUGGAAGUGGAGGAGGUGGUGGUUCAUCUUCUGGAGGAGGCGCAUCUGCUUCUUUGGAUAUGAUACCAGAACAUUCGCUUUUGGAAUCGUGUGCUCGGCUUUCUGUGUCCUUGGAGGGUCCUGCGGGGCUCUACGGCGGCGGGACCGCUUCUUCCUCGGCCCAAACCGGAGCUAACGUUUCAAGUUGUUCUAGCAGCCGCUCCAGCAGGUCUAGUUCACACCACAUGACGCUGGAAGAGUUGCGUGCAGUAAAUCGUUACGCGGAGAGUACGAAAAGUCUCACGUACCUGCCUCAGGUACAUGAACGCCAGACUGCCAGGAUGCGUACCCGCUCUGAGUGGUUUUUGGAAUCCAGAGGCGGAUCCUUGGAAUUAGGAGCAGUGAAGAACACAGGCAGGCCCCCUUUAAAUCUCACUACGUCCCCGGUGGCAUCUCACACUAGCAGUAAUAACGUGGUGGUGGCGUUGCUCUCAGCAAGUGCCGAAUCAGUUCAACAGAGGCAACAUCGCACCACUUCCAUUCGCCGCUCCGGAGGAAGCAGUUCCCGGCACGCUAUGCGCCAAGGCAGUUCGCGCCGGAACAAGGAAAACGGUGGAGCAAAUCCUGUCCGGACUGGGAGUUUCAGGAGUAAAGAGCAUAGGGUGAGUAGUAGAUAGUUAAAAUAUUUAGGUCACAUACAGGUAACCCCGUACAACA